AUGCUUUCUCCUGAAACCCUCAUAUCAAUUUCUCAAUGGUUGACCAUUCUUCCUGGUAUUGCUUUGAUUGUUUUUGGUCUCUUUGGCGCGUUGAUGAAUUUGAUGAUUUUCUCUCGACAACGUUUUCGGAAGGCUUCGUCGAGUCAAUAUAUCUUAACUCAAUCUAUUUUCGAUAUGAUCACAUUAAGUAUUGCACUUCUUGCACAAGUGAUCGUUGGCGGUUUUGGGUACCCGUACUUGUUCUCUCUUCAGUCUAUCUGCACAUUUCGCAAUUAUGUCACACUAUUUUCUAGUCAAGCGGCUCUCUAUUCGAAAUGUUUGAUCGCUUUUGACACCUGGGCAUCGACAUCACGACAUGCAAGAAUUCGUCAAUGGACUAAACUCAAUCGAGCACGUUUUCUUAUCCUGAUGAACAUUCUCUUCUGGAUGUUAGCAAGUAUACCAUAUGGAGUUUUCACGAAAAUUUUACUCAUCAGAAACGUUUGGCAAUGCACGAUAGCCGGUCCGGGCAUUUUAACUUAUCAGGCCUAUUUUUUUGUUCCAUGUUUAAUUUUAUUCAUGCCCUUAUUCUCACUUAGCUUCUUCGGAUAUUUUAGUUAUGUAAAUAUGACAAGACCGACUGCUCUCGCUCACAUAAGACAAAUCAACCGGCAACUUGUGCGAAUGGUCCUUGUACAAAUUGCUGUUACAGUCAUUUCAUUUGUCCCCUAUGGGCUGCAGUUUAUUUAUUCAACUGUCACAGCCAAUUGGCAAAAAAGUUCGCAAUGGAUAGCGUUGGAUAGUCUCAUUGUACAAAUGACUCGUAUUGGCUUCUUUGUUAAUAACACGGUCGAAUUUUAUAUUUAUAUAAGUCAAUCAAAUGAUGUUCGAUUUACUUUUAAACGAAUAAUGAUGAAUCUCAAAGUCAUUCGUGGAGGAAAUCGUGUCUUUUCUAUCGAUGCCAGAAUACAUAAUAUAAAUACGACUUGA